AUGCCGGCGGGUAUGAAACCGCUGGAGAAGUUCCUGAAGAAGCAGACCACGGCGCUGACCCGGGACGGGGGGUUUGUUGGCGGGGUUGCAGACAAGGCCACCGGCACCGGAGCGUCCCGGCGGAGGGCCAGCCUGUCCAGGGUCGUUCCCUUCUUCAGGGAGACGUCACCGGAGAGCGGCCAGGCUCGGGAGGUGUUCAGCCCCGACAGUGAGGACCCCCCCUCCUGGCCUUCAGCCACAGGACCUGGUCUGGUGUCGGUGCCGAGCAGCGCUAACGGCUCAGGGUCUGGCUCUGUUUCUGGAGGAGGAGACGUCCGCAGUCCGUCCCUGUCCAGCGAUGAGCAGAGCUCCGAGGCCAGCCUGAUCACAGAGACCCAGAGCGGGGGAGGAGGAGGAGGGACGCCUCUUCAUCCCGAAACACCGGACAACCUAACGCUCAUCAUGCUGGACAGCGUCUCUGGGAAACGCUAUGGACACUGCACAGAAACGCUGCUGGAUGACUUCAUGUUGACGCAUCCCAUCUUCCUGACGGCCGACAGGUUCCAGCAGGUCUUACUGCAGCAAUUCGCUCUGGAGUCAGAGGGGAAGGAUGGACAGGAGAGAGGGAGGGAGAGAGAGGCAGAGAGUGAGAGAAGAGAGGGGGGACGAGGAGGAGGAGGAGAGCGGGAUGGAGAGAUGGAAGGAGGAGGGAUGGACAGAGCGGAGAGGAAGCAGGCGGUGUUGAACGUGGCGUUUAGAUACCUGGACACCUACAGAGAGCUGCUGCAGGAGGAGGGAGAGCGCAGCAACAGCUUCCCAAAGGAGCUGUACAUGUGUGCUGUUCAGGAGUUGAGUCGGUAUCCAGAGCUGGUUGAGGACGUCCUCAAACUGCAGAGAUGGACCGAGAUCUUACACUGCCCGUCUGAAGAGGAGAAGGAGAGCAGGAAGAAGCAGGUCCGUCCUCUGUUCAGACACUUCAGACGCAUCGACGCCUGUCUGCAGCCCAGAGAGGCUUUCAGAGGCUCUGACGAGAUCUUCUGCAGGGUUUACACUCCGGAUCAUUCCUACGUCACCAUCAGGAGUCGUCUGUCCUGUCGGGUCGGAGAGAUUCUGGCUCUGGUCAGAGAGAAACUCCAGUACAGUGAAGACCAACCAGUUCUACCUGGAAACCUCGUACUGGUGGCCGUCACGUCAGCCGGAGAGAAGGCCGUGUUUCGGCCCAGUGAUGAAGCCGUUUUCACCACACUGGGAGUCAACACUCACCUGUUCGCCUGCGAGGCCUCCGAACUGGAAUCACUGCUUCCUCUUCCUGAGGAGAUCCACUGGACGCCGGGCGACAGCAAACUGCACGACAUGUCAGCGGAGGAAGUGUCCAAUCAGCUGGUGGUGUUCGACUGGGAGCUCUUCAGCUGUGUGCACGAGGUGGAGUUCGUGUGCUACGUGUUUCACGGAGAGCAGUCUCGCUGGCGCCCCCUCAACCUGGAGCUGGUACUGCAGCGCUGCAGCGAGGUGCAGCACUGGGUCGCCACGGAGAUCCUGCAGUGUCAGUCGCUGCCGAAGAGAGUCCAGCUGCUCCGCAAGUUCAUCAAGAUCGCGGCACUCUGUAAGCAGCAGCAGGACCUGCUGUCGUUCCUCGCUGUGGUUCUGGGUCUGGACAAUCCUGCUGUCAGCAGACUACGACUCACCUGGGAGGGUCUCCCCGGGAAGUUCAGGAAGCAGUUUCAGCAGUUUGAGAGCACCGCGGAUCCGUCCAGGAACCACAAGUCCUACAGAGACCUGAUGACCAGCCUGAGACCUCCGCUGAUCCCCUUCACUCCUCUGCUGCUCAAAGACUUGACGUUCCUUCACGAGAGCUGCAAGACGUUUCACGGCGAGCUCGUCAACUUUGAGAAGAUGCAUAAAGUGGCGGAGAUGGUGAGGACGAUCAGACGCUACAGGAGCAGUCAGCUAGCCAUAGAUACGGAGACGUCACCGUCCCACCUCCAGACCAAGGCCUACGUCCGGCAGCUUCAGGUGAUCGACAACCAGAACCUGCUGUUUGACAUGUCCUGCAAACUGGAGCCCAAAGACACAUAG